AUGACAUCUAACAACGAAUAUGAUCUGAGCGGCCAAGAAUAUCAAAAAGGGCCCGAGUCCACACCCUUGACCCAGGAGAACAAUCCAUCCCCUAUAAAAUCAGACACCAGCGAGAGCCCGCUGCUUGGGGUGUGUAGUGGGGUGUGUAGCCCACAGGAUCUCUCCAUUAGUCCUUUUCAUCCACUUUUGAAUGAGCUGAGCAGCCUCAGCCAGGACAAAGCAGAUCACGCCUCGCAUUCUUUUGAGAUCAUCCGGUUAUAUUCAACUCUGUUGGAAUGCCAUGCCGCCAAGGUUGCAUACACACUACAAUUAGAGGAAGAGAACGAGCUCCUCCGAGCAUCGAACGGCCAUUUAGGCCAGAGGAUCGAGUUGAUGGACCAGCGUAUUGCCAACCAAGAAGCGCUCCUGGUCUGCUAUGGCAAAGUUUUUGAAAGGUUCCAUGCAGAAACUGGCUCAAUGCUUUAUCAAUGGAAUAGCUCGGCGGCGAACCCGGCUGUGGCAGGGUUGGGGAGCCACGGCGGGACGAUGUCAAGUCAAUGA